AUGCAAUCUUUGCUGUCAUUAAUGAGCUAACUGUCAUCAAAAAGUUCUCAAGAAGUUUUAGACAGUGAACAGGAAAUUCCGAAAAAAGCAUAUGUACCUCCAAUGCGAACUCCUUUUGAUAGACUUAAAUUAAGAAAAGAUGAUGAAUUAGAGAAUUCCCCUUUAAAAGUAAAUUUGAGUAAUUAAUCUCUUUUCCCUACCUCAUUUGUGAUGGAUACAUUAUCAAAAUCAUUAUAAGAUUUAGAUGCAUCAAAUAACUUAUUCGAUUAAUUCCCAAAUCAAUUAAGGUAUGUAUUAUUGUAACUCAGAAAUUACACUAACCUCAAGAACCUCAAUUUGAGUAAUAAUCAGAUCUAACAAAUUCCAAUUAAAUUUUAUCUUCCAAAUUUAGAAAAGUUAAUUUUAUCUGAAAAUUAAAUAAAAUAACUGCAGUCGAGUUUGUUUAAACUAAAGACUCUAAAGGAGUUAAAUUUAAAUAGCAAUAAUAUAGAAUAUUUACCUUCUGAACUAUUUGAAUUAAAAUUAAUUUAUCUUGGGCUAAGAUCAAAUUAAUUUACUACCCUUCCAGCCAAGUAUGAGUAGAUUUUAGACUCAUUGUAAUAUUUCGAUCUUGACUGGUUCGAUUAUUGUGCUAUAAAUUGUGAAUUAGACGAGUAAAUCAAAUAAAAACUAGUAUCUUUGGGCCAAAGAGUAGUUUAGAGAUAAGAAAUAAUCACCUUUUCAUUAUUUUAUUAUUACAUGGUUGGCAAGGUGUUUGAUAUUGAGUAACUGGUUUAAAAUGGUAAGAAUAUUUUAUUUACAUUUAUUUCCAGAGAUUCCAUAGGCUUAUUAAAGCAAUAUAGUUAAAAAUAUCCAGAAUUGAUAAUGAUAAAAGACGAGGAAGAUUGUUCUCCUCUUAUUUAUGCAUUUAACUUGAAUAGAACGAAAUGUAUUUAAUGUCUAUUGCCCAUUUUUAAGAAAAAUAUAAUUGAGAUGUAAACUUUGUUUAUGUUAUCAGCAAAACGACAGGAUAUUCACUUAAUGAAAAUGCUAAUUCAGAAUGGGAUUAAAUUGGAUUAUCAAAUAGAAAAGGAUAUUAAUGGACAUAAUCAAAUUGAUAUUACUGAUGGAUCAACUGUAAUGCAUGUAGCAAUGACAUCUUUUGGCAGAAAUGCACGACAAUAAUAAUUAGCAUCUAUGAUGGUCAAACUUCUUUUAGACAUGGGAUGCGAUCCAAACAUUAGAAACCGAUUGAAAUUAACUAGUUUGCAUGCGGCUGUAAAAUUUCCAUCUUUAGCUGCUGUACGAUUAGCUAGUGCCUCUCCAAAAUUUGAUUUCCACAAGAGAGAUCUAUUUAAAAACACUCCUCUUCAUAGUGCAGCUUCGAUGGGGUUAGUGUCUAUUUUGUAAUUGAUUUAAGGAAAGAAUGUUAAUCCAUUCUCUUUAAAUUUUUAGAAUAAAACAGCCAAAUAAGUGUCUAUAACUUCAUUGUAAGUAAUUAAAGUCUAAAGGAAAUAUGAAAAUCAUUACUUACGAAAGAAACUAUCCAUAGAAGAUGAGGAUCUUCGAACCUCAUAAAAGAAUGAGAAUUUGAUAAGCCUCGAUAGUUACUAAACAAUAACUUAGAAUCUUUAAGCAACAGAGAUGAAAAGCUAAAUACUCUCCCCUUAAUCUUAAUAGUAAUAUAGAAGGGCUGUCAGAUUAAAUUUAUCUUAAGUAAAAUUGAGAGAAUAAAGCGGUCAAUUUGCUAAUCGAUAAUAGCAAUCAUCCCAACAGUCUUUGCCAUCUAAAAUUCAGGAAAUUUUAGUGAACAUUUCUUAAAUCAUUAAACAACAUUAAAAUAGUGAUAAUCUUCUUUUGGAAUUGAAAAAUUUAUAUUAUUUCACUGAACUCCUUCAAGAAAAGUUGAUUAUUGCUAUUUUUGUAAACUUAAUCAUAAUGAAAUUAAAAUAUGGCUGGAAAUAUUAAUCAAACAUAGGUACAUCUACUAUUUCAGUUUUAAAUUAAAUUAAGAUUAUAUAUUAAAAGCCUUUAAGUGCUAAUGAGUACUUUAUUUACUAAAACUAAGAUUGUAUUUAAAAAUACAAAUAAAAUUGUUUGAAUAUGUAGAAUGUAGAGGACAUAUCUAAUAAAAACUUUAAGAUUCAAAAAUCGUAGUUAUCAUUGAAUUUAAAGUAUAAUCUGCAUAAUAAUUGGGAGGAAACAAUCAAUUAAUAUGAGUAAUUCUAUUAAAACAGUUUGGGAGAUAUCUAAUGGAUGGCUAGUGUCAAAGGACUAAAGAUAAAAAAUAAAAUCAAAACAGAAAAUAAUAAUAGAAUGUUACUUUAUUAAUAUGAGUAACUUUAAAACAACUCAGCCUCUUAAACGUAAUUCAUUCGAGUAGUAGAAAGAUAGAUGGACUAUUAUAAAGAGUAGAAGGUCGAUAAUUCAGAAUCAGCUUGUAGUUUAAGUGAUAGAUUGAGUCAAUACAACAGAAAUCUAUUAAUCAAUAAGAAAGUUAAGUAGAUUGCUGUUUAAAAAUCAAAAAAGAUGGAAUUCCUUUUGAAAAAUUUUAGUUAGACUGCUAGAAGAGUGUCACCUUAAGUGUAAUAGCACCUUGGAGAAAAGGCACAAACCUUUCGAAAGGAUACUGCUAUCAUAAAUUCAAAUGAUUUUUCUUUAGAUGAUUUAUGA